AUGGACCCGGGCAGCUCGCGUGAAAGCUCGUCCGGUUUUGGACGACCCGAUUCGGCCGAUGUGCGUGAGGAGACCCCGGGAGGGGAGGCGGAAGACGGGGGAGGCAACACCGGCAGCAUCCCGAGAGGAAGAGGAGGGCAGAGUCGAGGUGAUGCCGGUGGCGACGAAAGCCCUGCGGACCACAUGAACACAGAACAUGAGCAUGGAGGAGAGACAAAGCCAGGCCAGGAGAGGGCUGACCCUGUCAGAGACGGGGACGGCAAGUACGAAGAGGAGUUGGACCCCCGAAUUCAGGAAGAACUGGAGCAUCUCAACCAGGCCAGUGAUGAGAUCAACAAGCUGGAACUGCAGCUUGAUGAUGCCAGGUCGAGCUAUAGGAAGAUUCUCACAGAAUCUGCGAGGAAGCUCAACGCUCAGGGCUCCCAGCUCGGCGCAUGCAUCGACAAAGCAAGGCCCUACUAUGAAGCCCGCAGACUUGCCAAAGAGGCCCAGCAGGAGACCCAGAAGGCGGCUCUGAGGUAUGAGAGGGCUGUUUCCAUGCACACGGCUGCCAGAGAGAUGGUGUAUGUUGCGGAACAGGGCCUCCUGGCAGACAGAAACACCCUGGACCCCACCUGGCAGGAGAUGCUCAACCACGCAACAGCCAAGGUGAAUGAGGCAGAGGAGGAGCGCCUACGGAGUGAGUGUGAGCACCAACGUGUCACCCAGCUGUGCCAGAACGCCGAGGCACGUGUCCAGAUCCUCCAGAAAUCUCUCAAGAAGGUCAUCCUCAAAUCAAAACCUUACUUUGAGCUUAAGGCACAGUUCAACCAUAUUCUGGAGGAACACAAGACCAAGGUGGUGCAACUGGAAGAGCGAGUGGCCAAAGUCAAAACUCGCUAUUCUGUUGCCCUGCGUAACCUGGAGCAGAUCAGUGAGCAGAUCCAUGCCCAGAGAGGUCACAUCCGUGCAAGCAGGGGACGACCUUCUGCCUGUGGGGGACGCAGCUCCCCGGUGGGCGCUGAGGCCGAGGUCAGAGCCGCGGUUGGAGCUCAUAUCAGUAGCUGCGGAGGUAUAGCGGCUGCAGGGUUAGAAAGCGACUGGGCAGAUGGAGAUAAGACCAGACAGUGGGUAAAGAGGCACUGGGAGUCUGGCUGGGGUCAGAAGGAGAGGCUGGAAGCUGAGCAGUCGGGAUCAGACUCCAUGUCGGUCAUCAGCCUGCAAACCAUUGCCUCCGACUUGGAGAAGUGUGACUCUGUGGAACAUCUUGGCAAGCUCAGCGAUAUGGGGAGCCUGGUGGGGGAGGACUGGGACAGGGAGAGGGAGUGGGUUUUCUUAGCUGAAAACAGCGGUGGUUGCAGGACCACGAAGUCGACGAUGAGGGUAGCAGCAAGGGAAGUGGUCAGCAUCCUGUUACCUGACAGAGUAAUUGAGGAGAGGGGAGCCAGGGAGAGAGAGAGACAGGACAGCUUUGUCAAGCAGCACCAUAGAAGCGUUAGCUUAUGAGAGUCAGCUGGAGAGUACAAGUCAUGAUACGACUGAGGAUGAAGGAAUACUUCAGAAAGAAUGAUGAGGAAUCAGAGAGGAACUUCUAGGUGAGCCAGAAAGAGCUAUGGGUGAGGCGUCGCAGAGCCGCUCUCCAGAAUUUCAAAUGUCGCAUGUGGAUGUUGAGUGACAGACUUAUGG